CCUCCGCAGCUCGACUUUCCACAUAUCAUGGCUCUGUGCCUGGAACGCCUGCAGGCGCCCUCGAUUGGACUGAAGAUAUACCUGCUAGCAAGCAGCCCACGCGUGACUUCGUGAUGGCUCUGGUAAGUUGCUGGACAUGCUUUCCUACACCUAGUCACUUGUCACAUAAGAGAGGCAUUCAAAGCCCAUAAUACAGAUCGGCCGGUACGAUCACCAACAUGGGAAGAGGCGGAGCCAUCUACCUCAGCUACAUGGCCUUGGUGCUACUCACGAUACCCCAGGAAAGCCAUGCUGGACUGUGGGAUGUCGAUAUCGAUCUAAGUCCAGCACCGCCUGCCGAAUCUGGGCCUCCGUUCUCUUUCCAUGCGACACGCGACAGAUCCCUUCUUCCCUAUCAGAUCAUCGGAAUAGUCGGAGCAUAUGUAGGCUCAGUGCUGCUCAUCGGAACAUUCUUGCUCACCUUUGGGCGGAGUCUACGAAAGCGUGCUCAAGCUAUGGCCGAGAAGCCUGUAGAAAUGGUCAAACCGGUGCACAAGAACUUCGACCCCUCCCCGAUGAGCCCGACUGGGAGCACAAAAGGAUGGCUGAGGAGGAAAGCAGGCAGUAUGCGUAGCGGCAAGAGCAAUGUAGCGUCUCCUGGGAUGCGCAGUGUAGCAAGCUUCGAUCAAAGCGUGGUGGACGCUGAUCGGCGGAGACAAGACGAGGAACUGGCACAACUCUAUGGUCAUGUAUUGGAAUACGACGAUGCACGCGAGCUGCAAGACAACAGACUGGACGCUGGAGCGCCGCCAGCCUACCCUCGUCGGGAGAGACCUACGUUGCCAGCACUCCAGCGUGUCCAGUCAUCGGAGCCUCCUCUCAGUCCACGUAGUCCUCGCUCACCCGGCUCACCAUACUAUGCUGUGCCACCUCCGAAAAAUCUUUUGGCGCAACUAUCGCCGACCUACAAACCGCCACAACAAGACCUGCAUUCUCCGGCUUUCAGCAGCAACCAGGCGGCUCCAUCUUCUCCGGUUAGAUUCAAGAAAAGCGUCAAGCAGCGACUAGGCAAGCUGGAUAUAAGUGGACCAAUGCAAGGACUGCGCGACAAUGAAGACGGAGCGCGUACCCCUCUUUCGCCCAGGCUCUACCAGAAUCCAGGACCUCCUCCUGAGCCUCCGUCUGCGAGAACGGUGGAUACUUAUCCAUACACUCCCACUACUCCUGGCACCGCUCUCAGCAAUCCUUUUCCAGAGGAGGACGAGCUCUUCGACGACGUGCGUGAUCUACCUCCUGCUCAUCCUCAGCGUAUGAGUAGUUUCUCGAGGGAGCAACAGCCUCGAAGCCCAACGAGCCCUGGCCUGCCAUCUAGCCCAGCUCAAUUCCGUGUUGGUUCGCCCCCUCGACGCGGGCAGACUCCCGUGGGUAAUGUGGGGAACGCCGAUCGCCCGUUGGCAUUCCGACAGCUCGCAGAACAACACAAGCAAGCGGCCGUGUCUAACAGUGAGCUCAAUCUAUCCGCGCCCCCAGGCUGGAGCAGUGUCGGUAGUCCACGCCUUCAAACCACAGAAGUGUAUACCAGAGAACGCCAUUUCCUGGUGAUUGGCAGUGCUGCAUUGCACAGUCCUAGAGUUUAUACUCCAUACAUGCCUAUUGCGCCUCCCACGCCUGUCACUCCACAUCUGACAACGAGGUUAGAGCGGAGGCAGCGUGAAAAGGAGGACAGGACAAUACGAGGUGCCAUUACUGAGGAGGAGCAAGUGCAAGACGAGAAAGACAUGUGGGGUGACGCUUAUUGAGCAUCUCUCGUUCGUCGUGUAGAUAUCAUUCAAUUAAUGCUCCCAUUUGGCGACAGAUCAUGCCAUGUUAAUCAAUUGUGCAUGAACUGCUGACCAAAUGUGCGCGCAGAUCGGCUUGAAACGGGA